CCGACUGUAUAGGUGUGGAGAGGUGAAGAACCAGACAGUCCAUUUUGUAGAAAUUGUGACAGCUGGCAAUCAUGGAAUUUCAGACGCUCUCAAGACGCUGGGGACAGAUUCUGAUUCCGUUAAUCUUUCUGGCAGCUACACGUAUCCUAGAUUUAAAAGCUGACAGAUGUGGCGGGAUGUGUGGAUAUGCGACUGUAUGUACGAAUAGAGGGUAUUGUAAAUGUCAGACAGGAUUCAAGUUUAUUAUAACAAAGUCAGGAAUCCCUUCGCUUUAUUGCAAACAUGUGGGAAUGAAGGGGAUGAGUGCCCUGACAACACCACUUGCAUAUGGCUUGCUUUCACUAUGGGUCCAAAGGAAAACGUGUGUGAUUGCUCAUAUGGCGCAAGAAAGGCAGAUAGUGGACAAUGUCUCGAUAUUGACGAGUGUACCGAAAAUCAAAUCAUAUGCGGUAACAACUCCGUUUGUACAAACACAUUGGGCGACUACACAUGCGCGUGUGCGGAGGGAUAUAGGCAGAGAAAGGCUGAUGAGGUCGGGUGCAAUCUGGAUAUUGACGAGUGUAUCGAAAAUCAAACCAUAUGCGGUAACAACUCUGUUUGUACAAACAUGGUGGGCAAUUAUACAUGCGCGUGUGCGGAGGGAUAUAUGCAGAGAAACGGUGAAGAAGUGGGAUGCAGUCUGGAUAUUGAUGAGUGUACAGGAAAUCCAGAGAUAUGUGGUAACAAUUCUGUUUGUACAAACACGGAGGGCAGCUACAUGUGUGCGUGUGCAGAGGGAUACAGACAAAGAGAGGAUGAAGAGCUUGGUUGCAUCAGAAUCAUAACAGCGUCAACUGUAUCUCCAGCCGGGGAUUCCUCAGCGUUGACGGUCGGUCUGGCAGUAGGUAUAGGAGGAGUGGUUCCUCUUGUCCUGGUCGUCCUAGCUGUUAUUGUUUUCCGGGCAAGAAAUCGUUCGAGGGGAGAUGGUAGAGAAGAUAUAGGGUUGGAAAGGCAGGGGAAACAUUAAGGAGGUUAUAGCUUACGAAAACGUCACUGAUCAAUCUGUACAACAGCGCGUUGCUAAUCCAACAUAUACAUUACUUCCGGAUGAGCUGGGUUCAAGCACGCAGUUCCGAUCCGGCACGGACGUCCGCUACGAGGAAGUUGACCUACCGCCACAGGUAGGAUGGAGUAAUGAUCCACAGAGUUUGUAUAGCUUAGCAGGAAACUUCGCCGAUCAGAACCCUAACCCGAGCCAAUCCACGUACAAUGUUUUGUCCCAACCUCAUGUGAAACCUUCCACUGCUGCUGCUGUCAGCAUCCCAGAGAAUUAUAAUACUCUUUAUGACAUGCAUGCAGAAAAUAAAGCCAAACAGCUGCAUGAAGAGAAAAGCCAGGGUUCAGAAACUUACCGGAGCGAAUCCACAUACAACGUUUUGUCCAAACCUCGAGUAAAACCUUCCAAUGCUGCUGCCAACACUCCAGACAAUUAUAACACCCUUUAUGAUCUCAAUUUAAAACCGACCAAUGAAAGUCCAAAUGACCUUGAGUCCGGACAGACCGGAUACGGAAAUCCACAUGGGAACGAUGACGUCCAAUAUGACACCACAUACAGUUCUGUGAAACAAGGUGAAGACAACUGCGUACUACAGUCAAGUAAUGAACGGGAAGGGGGAAGUGAAUAUGAUGAACUAAAAGUGCAGAAAGUUUAAGAGCCGCAGUUCACAAGCAUACAGCUUCUCGUUAUUUACGGCCAUACCGGCCUGCAAUGGACCCAUUAAAAUGUUUCAAACGCAUCAUCGACACGUUGCUGUUGAAAAUGACAUUUGUUAAAUCUCAUUGCUUUACUGCUGGCUACACAUGAGCCUGCUUCCACUGGGCAGCAUGAAAG